GGUAUGGCGCCUGACCUGAAAUACGUUGAAUCGGUAUCACGCGCAAUAGCGGAGCAUGCUCUUGGGCCAAAAAUUGUUGUCGAAAAAAGUACCGUGCCUGUGAAAGCAGCUGAGAGCAUCAGUGCCAUACUGAACGAAGCACAGAAGAAAAAUCCUGAACUCGCAUUUCAGAUAUUGUCAAAUCCGGAAUUUUUGUCCGAAGGAACGGCAAUUGAAAAUUUGGCAAAUCCGGAUCGUGUUUUGAUUGGCGGUGAAAGUUCACCAGAUGGUCUAGCGGCUAUGGCUCAGCUGAUACAAAUCUACGAGCACUGGGUACCACGUGAAAAAAUCAUCACAACAAACACUUGGUCCUCGGAACUUUCCAAAUUGAUUGGAGAUGAAUACUGUUUUUUAGGUUUUGGUGGUAGUUGUUUUCAAAAAGAUGUUCUAAGCCUUGUUUAUCUUGCUGAAUCUUUAAAUCUCCAUGAAGUUGCGGAUUACUGGUUACAGGUUGUCGAAAUUAACAAAUGGCAAAGAAGACGAUUUGCUGAUAAAAUUGUUUCGGAGAUGUUUGAUACAGUAUCCGAUAAAAGAAUUGCAGUUUUCGGUUUUGCAUUCAAAAAGAAUACAGCGGAUACAAGAGAAUCUUCUGCUAUACAUAUUGUGAAGUAUUUGCUGGAUGAAAGUGCCGAAGUGGUUGUAUACGAUCCACGUGUGCCAGAAUCGCAGAUGCUGGAUAAAUUGUUUUCAUUUGCAAAAGAUCCAUACGAAGCAGCGAAGAAUUCACAUGCAAUCGUUAUACUUACGGAGUGGGAUGAGUUUAAGAACUAUGAUUAUAAGCGUUUGUUCAACUCAAUGGCUCAGCCGGCAUCGGUAUUUGACGGCCGAUUGAUUUUGGACCAGAAGAAGUUGCGUCAGAUUGGUUUUCGCGUGUUUGCAAUCGGUACAGCUUCACCGCAAACAUGCAAAGCAUGCUAUAAGUAUCAGUGGCCUGAAAUUUGCUGA